AUGUCUUCUGUCAACUCCAAGGACUUGCACCGGAUUUUUGAGAAGCUUGACAAAAAUGGUGAUGGCCUAGUGAGCCUUGAUGAGCUUAAAUGGCUUCUUGAGAAAAUAGGCAUCCACCCGAGCCUAGACGAGCUCGAGUUAUCAAUGGGGACAACAACCCUCGACCUUAUUGAUUUCUCGCUCUUCUACGACACUAUCAUCAAGAGUAAUAUUGAUAAAAGCAAAGCAAUUGAGGAGGGUAACGACAUGGAUAGUGAACUUGUUGAGGCUUUCAAGGAUUGUGGGACGAGCAUGAUUAAUGUUUAUGAUUCAAAUUCCGAUGGGGUGCUUGAUUUCGAGGAGUUCAAGAACAUGAUGUUGCCUGCCAAAUCAUAG